UUCUUCCUUUCUCACUCUUAAUUUCCUCUAAUGGCUGCUACAACUUUGAAGCUUAAUUCAAUUCCCAAUCAUGUCACAUUUUUUGAAACAACUCGUCCUAUGUCUCAUUCUUUUGGACAAGUCUUGAUCCCGAUAAAACCCAAUAAUGUUUUGUCAUUGUCGUCGUCUUCUCGACGGUUGUCGGUUUCGUCUUCUUUGGUAUUGGUACCGUUGAUGGAUGUGUUUUCUUCUUCUUGUUCUACCGCUGCUGCGGCCGCCAUGGUUCACAAGGUGGCCAGUUUGGCGCACUUGUGGCGGCAGAUUCAUGGCUGCAAUGACUGGGAAGAUCUCAUGGAGCCCACGCUUCACCCGCUUCUGCGACGUGAAAUUAUCCGAUACGGCGAGUUCGUUACCGCUUGUUAUAAAGCUUUCGAUCUUGAUCCAAACUCCAAACGGUAUUUGACCUGCAAGUUUGGGAAGAAGAAUUUGUUGAGGGAAGUGGGGUUGGAGAGUUCAGGUUAUGAAGUUACUAAAUACAUCUAUGCUACCCCACCGGAUAUCAAUAUUUCUCCCAUCCAAAAUUCCCCGCCAUCUUGUGGUCGGUGGAUCGGGUACGUUGCCGUCUCCUCCGAUGAAACCAGCAAGAGACUUGGACGACGAGAUAUCGUCAUCACUUUCCGAGGUACCGUCACCAACCCAGAAUGGAUUGCUAAUCUCAUGAGCUCCCUCACGCUCGCCCGCCUCGAUCCCCAUAAUCAUCGGCCUGACGUCAAGGUUGAGUCAGGAUUCUUAACACUCUACACGAGCGAAGAAACGAGCAUGAAAUUCGGGCUCGAGAGCUGCCGAGAGCAGCUAUUAUCAGAAGUGUCAAGGCUACUAAACAAGUACAAAGAGGAAGAAGUGAGCAUAACCAUGGCUGGGCAUAGCAUGGGAAGUGCAUUAGCUCUUCUUCUAGCUUAUGACAUAGCUGAGUUAGGGUUGAAUAGAAGAACAAACAAUGAAGUGGUACCAGUUUCAGUGUUUUCUUUUGGAGGUCCAAGAGUUGGGAAUUCAGGCUUCAAAAAAAGAUGUGAAGAAUUGGGAGUAAAAGUUUUAAGAAUUGUGAAUGUGAAUGAUCCCAUCACAAAGAUGCCAGGUGUUUUAUUCAAUGAAAAUUUUAGGGUUUUUGGAGGACUCUUAAAUGGAGGUGGUAAUAAUAGCUAUGAACAUGUUGGAGUUGAAUUGGUUCUUGAUUUCUUCAACAUGCAAAACCCUUCUUGUGUUCAUGAUUUGGAGACUUACAUAAGCCUUUUAAGAUGUGAUCCAAAACAAGAAGAAGAUCAUCAAGAUAAUGAUGAUGAUGAUCAUAAUAAUGGGAGAAGAAAGAUUAUUAUUAAUAGUGGGGAAUUUAUCAACAAAGCUAUGGAGUUUUUGUGUAGUAAUGCACAAAUCUUGAACAUGUUUCCAUGGAGGAUUCCAGUGAAUUACUUGAGUCAAUCACAAAAUUAG